GCAGUCGGCGCAGAAUGAACUUGUUACUGUGAGUUUUUAUUCCAACCACUUUUCUCGUGUGGACUUUAAUGGACGUUUUGUGGAAGAAACUCGAAUCAUCGUCAACCUAAGGGAAGAGAAGUUUCACUGAGGAUCGGAGGGGAAAGUUGAAAGCUUUCUCUCUGCUCUGGCACCAGUAUGAGCGCACCUUCUUCAGGUCAAAAGACCCCAGUGGACUAUGGUGUCCAGAUCCGCUUCAUCAAUGACCUCUAUGACACCGGCGGGGGCCAGCCGGGGCCCCAGCCCCAGCCCAAGACCAAGACCAAGACUCAGACCACCUCCAAAUACGGUGUAGCAGUCAGGGUGCAGGGUAUUGCCGGGCAGCCAUAUGUGGUCCUGAAGGAUGGAGAAAAAGGAGACUCUUAUGGGGUCCAACUCAGGACGCAUUACCCCCCUAGUUACAGCAGUCUUCCGCGGAGGAGAGAUAACACAGGGACACAGGGGGAAGAUGUGGGAGGGCAGGGAGGAGCAUUACGUCGGGCUCAGUCUCAUGGAUCACUGCUGGAGAGGGAUGGAGAGGGAGGAGCAGGUAAUGAGGAGUUCCAGCUGUCCAGGCCCCCAGGGGAUGGGAAGUCUGGGAGUUAUGGGAACCUGGAUGGAGGAAUUGGGGUGAGGGGGGAGAGAGAGCAGGGCCGGCGUGGCGGUGGUAGAGAAGAAGACAUGGAAAGAAAUAUGUGGGAGGGUUCGUAUAAAGCAGGGCUCAACGGUUCAGUGGGAUCAGUGAGGAGCGAUCGGUCUUACCCAGACCCUCCGCGUCAAAGAGAUCACUCAAAUCAGAAGCAGACUCCUGUUAACAAUCUCAUAAAUAGAUUUUCUGGAGGUAACAGUCCAGGUCAACAGAGAAGCCAAGAUCCCAGAGCUACAUCUCCUCUCCUAACCCCAAACCCUUACAACUCGCCUCCGUCCUCAGCUAACAGCAGCCUUGGACGCGGCCAGACGCCUGUCACAUUUCCCAAACACUCCGCUAAUCAGUGGACUGCACCGGGGAGAUACGCCGCUGUAGAGACACCGCAGGCCACUCUGACUGAGGCACAAGUGAAACCUGACCUUUUACUGGACCAGGGUCAGACUGCAGAGAUGAGCGGCGAGGACGAGCAGGUCUUGCAGACUAUUUACAACAUCCUGAGACAAGGGUCAAACGAGAGCGAUGUUGUCAUCAAUCACAAAGUCAAAGUCAUAUUUCAGAAGAUUCAGAAUCUUAAGCCCAUGGACAGGGCCCAGGAGGAGUGGAUCCGAGAGAAGAGAGAGCUUGAAAGAAAAAUAGGUGAACUACAAGCUGCCCUGCAGGCAGAAAGAAGGGAUUCUGUUAGCAAUUCUGAUCCCGCUCUGAAAGCUGAGCUGGAGUCCUGUCUGGAUGAAAACCUGCAGCUCCGGGAGAUGCUGGACCGGAAGAAGAAAGAAUUAAAUGAAACACAAUCAGAGCUGACUCAGCUGCGUAUGGAUAGAGAGAAUGCAGAGGUACGGGUCAGAGAAAUGGAGGACCAGCUGGCUGAGUUUCAGGAUGAACUGAGGAGAGAAAACGGCAACAAGAAGGAUCUGAUGUCUUGUGAGGCGCAGCUGAUGGAUGUUUGCCAGCUGAAACAGAAGCUGGAGGAGUCGCUGAGACAGAGAGAGAGGGAGCUCACAGCCCUGAAAGGAGCGCUGAAGGAGGAGGUGGCCACGCACGAUAAAGAGAUCGAGGCGCUCCGAGAGCAGUACAGCGUUGACAUGGAGAAGCUCCGCAGCAGCAUGGAGCAGGUGUCUCAGUCUCACGCAGGGAUCGAGGCAGAGCGUUUACGUGUCAAUGCAUCCAUUCGCACCCUUCAGCAGCAGUUGGAGGAUUGUAGGGACGAGAGCAGCCACUGGAUGGAGCAGUUUCACGCCACCAGAGACGAACUCCGGACAACCAAACAAGAACUGCUGCAAACCCGUCUGGAAAAAGAUGAAUUUGAAGAGGAACUGAAGGAGCUGCAGGACAAAGUGAGCAACAUGAAACAACAAAUACCUGACCCCGGUGCCACACAGACUCUCAACCAGGAACUUCAGCGAUGCACGGCUGAGCUACAGAAGGCAAAGUCUGAGGUGGAGAAGCUGAGGACAGACUUUGACAAGAAAGUCUUGGAGGUCAUCUCUUUAAAAAAAUCUCACCAGAACCAGGAGGCGGAGCUGAAGUAUGAGAUUGACAGGCUAAAGGACCAAUUACAGAAGGGCAAAGAGGACCUUGCAAAGGCACAGGAGAAAAACAAACGGCUUCCAAACCCGGCCAUCAUCACAGAGCUGGAGCAGAAACUCGAUGAGACACGUGGUGAAGCGAGCCAGCUAAAAGAGAAACUCUCAUUAGCUGAAGAGGAAGUGAAGGCCACAAACAACCGUCUCAAUACAGCCAACAUGGACAUUAAAACGCUCGAAGACGCCCAGAAAGAGCAGGAGGAGGCCAACACACGUCUCAGAGAGAAACUGUCACGUCUUGAAGCUCUGCUGCAGACCAGUGCCACUGAGAGCUCCGAGGCAGAGCUCGCCCUCCACACUGAGGCCCGAGCGCUGAGAUCUGAGCUGGAUGAAUCCAAGAGGAAAGCUUCCAGACUGAGCCAGGAGCAACGAGAGCUCAGCCUGCGUUUGGAGGAGACGGAGAAAGAGAAGGAGACGCUGAAACAGACAAUCAACCAGCUGGAGGAGAUGGAACGACAACAGGGAAAAGCUCUGGAGAAACUCAACAGAGAGUACGAGUCUCUGACCGGGUCCUCAAGGGAGGAGACGCAGGCUCUCCGGGUUCAGCUGGAGGAGCAGAGGGAGAGGGCACGCAAGGAAAUGCAGGAGGUGCAACGUCACGGAAACGACGCUCACAGUGAAGUGGAAAGAAGUCGCACACAUCUAAGGAGACUGGAGGAAGAAAUGUCACGGCACAAGAAGGAGCUUCUGCUGGUGUGUGAGGAGAGAGACAACCACCAGCUGGAUAAAGAGCUCCUCUCCAACAGACUGCGCCACGUGGAGGGAGAGUUGGAGGCUGGCAAAAACGGCCUCAAUGAGAAAACUCGGGAGGUUCGCAUACUGGAGGACAAGCUGAAGCGUUUAGAGUUGGAGCUGGAGGAGGAGAGAGGCAGUGCGGAAAUGAUGAUAGACAGGGUGGCCAGGAGCAGAGAUCAGAUUGAUCAGCUCCGCUCUGAGCUCAUGCAGGAGAGAUCAUCCAAACAGGACCUGGAGCUGGACAAGAACUCCAUGGAGAGACAUCUGAAGGAGCUGAGGAGUCGUGUGGCCGACAUGGAGGGCCAGUCUCGCUCCUCAGCUGGAGUCUCCCAGCUGGAGAACAGGAUCCAGGAGCUGGAGGAGCUCCUAAGGAAUGAGGAAAGGGAGAAGAACUCGGUGUUGGGGUCUCAACGACGUCUGGAGAGAAAGCUGAAGGAACUCAAUAUGGCACUGGAUGAGGAGAGACAUACACACACUGAACAGAGAGACCAGCUGGCUCUGAGGGUGAAGGCUCUGAAGAGGCAGGUGGAUGAAGGAGAAACAGAGCUGGAGAGGAUAGAUGGUCUGAGGAGAAAGGCUCAGAGAGACAUGGAGGAACAGAUGGAGCUCAAAGACGCCUUGCAGGGAAGAGUCACAGCUCUGGAGACUGAGCUCAAGAGAAAGGCCCAAGCAGCAAUGCGGCCAGCUUUGGAUUCAUCAGCCCUCAGCUCAGAUGAUGACGACAGUCUGUACGAUCCCUCCACCAUCACCUCCAUCCUCACUGAGAGCAACCUGCAGACCAGCUCCUGUUAAAAUAAAAAGCACUUCAGUGACAGGGUAAGGGCGAGAAAACGUAGCACUAAAGUAGGAGAAGAAAGAGGGAAGUGUAUCUUAGCUUCUAUGUAGACUAGGAGGGAAGCCACAAGGCAGAAUGGUGUACAAUAAGGACAAUGGUGGGGGGGGGGAGGAUGGGGGGUAAAGAACAUACUGUAGAGGUCAGUGGGAGAAUGAUUUUUCCACUUCAGAGUGAAUGAAAGGAAGCAAAACAUCCUCUGCAUUUAAAGGAAUUUCCUUCGGCCCACGGCAUACACGGUUGUGCUUUAUGGUACAGUUGGAAGGACACCAUUGCAUUGUUGCCAAACACAAGCAAACACACUACUAAGAAGUAACGAGAAAAAACAAUGAAAAAUACAACAACAGGGCCUGUAGGAGAGAAACAAUGUUAGGAGCACAGAAACACAUACAUGGAAAAUACCUCUUGUAUUUUUUUGGUACUAGUUAAUUUUUAUUGUGUUUAGUUAACCUGUUGACUGAGCUCAAAUGUCUGUCCCCAGACAUGCACUACUAGAACUUAGCAGCACUACUGAACACACAGACCAAAUGCUGAUCGCUUCAUGAUUGCACAAGAAACUGAACAAUAAACUAUAAAUCUGCAAAUCUUAUGCUGGUUAUCCUCACCAAAUCGAAUGGUUUGACACUGAAAAAUAUAUGAUUUUUUAUGAAAUCUGGAAUUUAUCUACAUGAAAAAAAAUAUAUUUUUGGUGUUUUUCUAAGGUUGGAAUAUAUCUCUGUUAUAAAAUAGUUUUAGAGGAGGCAUUCACUCCACCCUCCAAUCUUUGUCACGUGGUGCACAGUUCAGGAAUGCUGGAUUGUUCAAAUAAAAUGAGAGCGUUUGACACUGGUAAAUAUCUCGAACAGGUUUUUUUCUUGGAGAAAGACACAAUAAUAAAUCACUACUGUAAACCUUGAAUAUGCUUUGUUGAUAACUGACCUGGCUGAGUCUUUAUUCUCUGUAUUUGUUUCCUAGAAAAGCUACAACAGAAUGUUAUUGUGUCUGUUUGUGGUUCACAACAUAAAGGAUGAAGCUUCAGUCCUUUGUGAGAAUAUAACUGACUGUUUGAAAGUGGUGGUCCACUUUAAAAUGAGAAGAAUAAAGACUAAAAUAACUUUGUGUCUGAAAAAAGAAAAGUCAGUUUAUUUGUAGAUCCUGCACAAUUUCUAUGCAUUCCACUACUUUAACUCACUUAUAUAUUCUCAUCAUUUCAAUAUGAUGCCUUAUUAUAAAAAUAAUAUUUGUAAUUGACUUUCUUUUUGUAAAGUGUUUGUAUUUCAUGUUUGUAGACUGUUCUGGUUGAUUUUUGUACACAGUGUGAACAAUCUGAGAUAUAAUUGAAAUACAGUUUUCUGCAAUUUAGUGUUCAUCUCGUUUUUUCCCGUGAACUGAAAAAUGGUACUUUAAUUUGAUUUGUUGGACUGUUGAGUAUGAUGAUGAUGAUGGGUUUUUUUUUUAUUAAGAUGUUGCUACAAACUUGUUCACUGGAAAUAAACCCUACUGUGACUGUAUUUCACAAGAUGGAUCUUUUUUUCUAUUGAAUAAAAAGUUAGCCACAUUAAAACUA